CUUACUCCUUUCAUUUCACUUUAUUUCGUUCGCAUGCACGCACGUUCACCGCGGAGCAACAAACGUGUACCAUCGACAAAUCAAAGAACCAAAUAAAACGAGCAACAACAACAACAACAAAAAGCAUUAACUAUAUAAUUUAUACACAUAUAAAGCCGGCAGCAACAGUAGCAGCAACAACUGUUUGUUUUGCGGCUUGUUGUUGUUGCUUCGCGGCCGCCUCGCUUUUUUGUUGUUUUUCAAAAGUUGUGUUUUUUUUUUGGACGCGGAAGAGAAGCUUCUUCGGUGCGGUUUGAAACAAAAAAUCGAAACGAAUUUUUUUAAUGUUUGUGUUAUAGUUACAAAAAACAAAAAUAAAAAGAAAAAAACAACAACAAAUAAAUAUUAGAUUUAGCCAAGAAUCGAAAAGAAAGAAAGAAAGCCUAAAGAGUGGUAUGUGCCCCCUAGUUUUGACCCAGUCCCCAAAACCAUAAAAAAAAACACACACAAAAAAUAAAAUAAAAAAUACAAACAAGAUUAUUAAAUCUUAAAUAUGAAAUAAAAUUUUAAAUAAAUAAUAAAGAAAGCCAGCCAGAAACACACAACAUCCUCCCACACUCGCUCAUCUCAAAACUCAAAAUCAAAAUCUCAAAAAAGAAAUCUCAAAAUAAACUCAAAAUCGUUCAUCUUCUGCAUUUUUUUCAAGUGCUUCUUUUUAAGUUCAAUAAUAAUUUGGCAAUGGACGCAGACUUCUUCUUCUAUUAAACAAAAACUAAAUAAUUAUUGUGUGAAAUUUUCAAAAAAAAAAAAAAAAAAAAACAACAAAGUAGAAAACUAAAAAACAGUGUUUAAAAAAAUGCUAGAAAAUGUGGACUUGUAGGGGCAAAAAGCUACCAAUGAUGGCCCUGGAUUCGUUUGUGUACCUGCCCACCUAGGAUCGAGCCCAAAUGAAUGCCAACCAGCCGCUGAUCCUUGAGCCGAAGGAAGCGGUGGCAGCAGCAGCAGCUGGCGAGGAUUCCUGCCUGUGUGGUGGACCCAGCGAAGCCACCUCGCUGAAUGGCCACGAGGAGCAGCGGUUGCUGUUGAAUGGCCAUGGCCAUCAUGACAGUGGCAGUGAUCCUCGCGAAGAUCAGCUGACCAUUAUCAAGACGCCGUUAAACAAGACGCUGCUUAAGAAGUGCAACAACAACAACAGCAGCAGCAGCAAUAACAACACCAACAACACCAAUGGCAGCAGCAGUCACAUCAACAGUUUGAAUAACAAUAACAAUAAUAAUAAUAAUAUUAAGCUAAACUCAAGCGCCAGCAGCCACGAUGUUGAUUCCGGUUUGGCAGCAGCAGCAGCAGCAGCAGCGGCAGGCGGAAAUAGCAAUAGCAAUAAUAAUGAGCAGCAAGAACCAUUUCCGAAUGAUCGCCACCAUCAUAUCUACCAUCAUCACCAUCAUCACUACCAUCACCAUCAUGGUGAAGCCAACACCACGGCCGAGGAGGAUGCAGCUGCAGCAGCAGCAGCAGAUGCUGCGGAUAAUCCACCAUCAAAUGCUUCAAAGGCAAAGACAGCUUCUAGUAAGGCUGAUGCUGAUGCUGAGGCCGAUGAAGAUGCCGAUGAUGUUGUUGAUGAUGAUGAUGAUGAUGAUGUCGUCGUCCCUGAAGAUGGCCAACAGCCGCCGACAGGCACAUCAUCUAGCUCCGGCUGCACGGAUUUAAGCCACAUCAAAGGGGAGUCACAGGAUAAUGACAAUAUUCGACUGAAAACAGUAGGAGCAGGAUCAUCAUCAUCAUCAUCAUCAGCAGGAGCAGGAGUAGCUACCACUUCGUUGUGCAACAAUUCCGGAGGCAACAAGUGCAACAAGUGCAAUUCCCAUAAUAACAAUAGCAAUUGCAACAAUAAUAAUAAUACAAUUAGUAACAACAACAACAACAACAAUAAUAAUAGUAGCAAUAAUAACAACAACAACAACAACAAUACGAACAACAACAACAAUAUCCAUUACAACAAUUACAAUAACUAUUAUAAGAAAAAGUCUCGUAUGCCGCCCAUUUGCCCAUCACCCAACAACAAAAUUGGCAAAGAAAAUUGAAAGAAAAACUAUAUAUAUAUAUAUCACAACCUUCCCCCUAACAACAAUCAACAACAAAAUUCCAACAACAACAACACCAAAGAAAACUUACAACAACAAAAAAAAAACACCAACAACUUUUGGAAUGCAUGCAACUUGGACUCAGACUCUGACUCUGCGGCAGCGGGGCAGAGACCGGCCAAGUCUAGAUGCUUCCUGAACGAGAGUCACAGUACAAAUGACAAUACCAACAACAAAUCUAAAUUCAAAGCAAGAACAACAACAACAAAAUAAAAACAAAAAGCCAAAAA